AAGUGUGAUCUCUGACGCAGUUUCAUCGCUGUUGCCACACUUCUUUUAGCUAGUAAGCUAGCUACAUGUGUUUUGUUUGGGUCAACAUUUAUUUGGUUGAAGCAACAAGUUUAGACAUUAAAAAUGAGCACACUGUGGAUGGGCAACUUGGAGCCGUAUAUGGACGAGAAAUUCAUAAAUCGAGCAUUUGGGACCAUGGGGGAACAAGUCGUCAGUGUACGGAUCAUUCGCAACAAAAUGACAGGGGGCGCAUUGGGUUACUGCUUUGUUGAGCUCGCAGAUGAAGCCACAGCAGAGAGGUGUCUUCGUAAAAUCAAUGGCAAAGCGUUACCUGGGGCAACACCACCCAGAAGGUUCAAGUUAAACCGUGCUACCUUUGGGAAACAAGGAGAAAGCGGCCCAGUGUACUCUUUGUUUGUGGGAGAUCUCACACCGGAAGUUGACGAUGGGAUGCUGUAUGAGUACUUCUACAAUCGCUAUCCCUCCUGUCGUGGGGGAAAAGUUGUGCUAGAUAGCAUGGGCAAUUCAAAGGGCUGUGGCUUUGUUCAGUUCCCAGACCAGAGGCUUCAGAAGCGGGCGCUGGAGGAGUGUCAGAGUGCUGUAGGACUUGGGGGCAAACCGCUUCGACUGAGCCUAGCAGCUAACAAAACCAGGCAUAAUCAAUCAGAAAACAGAACAUGGGGGUCCAAUGGAGGAAACUACCGCCAAAACCAGCACCAGUACCCAAACCAGCAACAGCAUCAACCAUACUCUGGUUACUAUUCCAAUUGGGGCUAUGACCAGAAUGGAGGUGGCUACGGAGGCUACAACUAUAACCAGUAUGAUUACUCACAGUACCCAGGACAGGAACACGAAGCUCCUGAGGAUGAUGGUCUGGAAGAUCCUAACCCAGAACUGGAUGUGAUUGAGGCUAACAGGAGAUUCAUGGAACACAGUGAGGAAUUGUAUGAUGCGCUUAUCGAGUGCCACUGGCAACCACUGGAGCAUACAACAGAACAGGUCUUAGAAACGACGACUAGCCUGCCAGAGCCAAUGUACUGCUGAGACAUGAGAGCCAUAAGGAAAAAUGACCAUCAGUACCAAUCUUUGUAGUUUCAUUCAUUGUACAAGGCAGGUAAAUUCCCCCAUGGACUUUUCAAAAAGAAC